AUGUCGCCCUUAGCGCGCCUCGUUCAACUGCGAUCUCUACGUGUUCCCCUGCGGCGGACUCGUGGGUACUCUUCAACUACGGAACCACGGUCCGGACAUGCUGACUGGUAUGCGUCCAUGCUACCGGGCAUGAUUCCGGUAGCUCUUUUGGGCUCUGCCAUGUACAUGGGGUUACAACUUUUACAGAGUCGCCUUGCUCACGAGAGAUUCCUUGAUGAAGCUCGAGAGGAAGUGCGUCAACUCGAAGACGAGGUGGACAAGUUGCAGAAGGAACGGGCCGCGCAACCGUCGAUAGUAUCGUCUUCACGCACCUCUGCCUCUAAAUGGUGGCCAUGGUGA